AUGUCUGAAAUGGAAGUAACGGAGAGUGGGAACGAUUGUUCCAAUGAUUUGUUGCUUCUGGAUCGUGUGUUUCUGCGUCUAGGCAACGCUGAUAGCGAUGACCAGCUCGAAAGCUGCCUAAAUCGGUUCUUGCCACCAGUCAUACUGAAGUUGUCGUCACCUCAUGAACAGGUGCGUACCAAAGUGAUGGAGUUACUGGUGCAUGUGAACAAGAGAGUGAAGUGUCGUGCAGGUGUGCAGCUGCCCGUGCAGACUCUAUUGCAGCUGUACAAAGAGCCCACUUCCAACAGCUUUAUUAUUAACUUCUCAAUCAUAUACAUAACUAUGGGGUUCCCGAGGCUGCCUAGGGAGCAGCAGCUGAGCCUGGCACCUUCUUUACUGCAGGCUAUUGAGAACAAACCCCAGGGACACCAAGAUGGUAUCCUGAUGCUAGUCAUGCCACUGCUGGGAGAUAUCAAAGAAACUGAUCUGAAUUUGAAGGAGAAACCUAAAGUUGCUAAUUUGAUACUCAAGUUUGCCACGGAUGUCCUACUUCUACCAUACAGAGCAUUGCCCAACCCUGGCGAGAGUGAGUUCCAAGUGCCGCCCGGUAUGAGCAUGAAGACAUACAAACGUAUCAUUGACAAAAACCAAUUGAACCCUAACCAACUUGAAGAGAUGAAGCUGUCUAUAGUGAACUUUAUAGGCAAAGAUAUAUUCAACAUGAAUGACACAUUGCUCACAUUGAUUGUAGCCGCCGCCGACUCGCGGUUCAGUGUUGCCAAUCACGCGAAUAGUCCACUUAUAAGGGUUAACAGUUCCGUCGAUUGGUCUUCGCCCUCAGUCGUGGCUCCACUAUACUCUUUAUACUUAGGUACUUGGGGAGGUAUGAAAGUACCCCCAGAUGAUCGUAAGGUACCAGCUUGCACAAGGCUUCGUUUGAAACUGAUACAGUAUUUAAACAAAGCGACUGGACCGGCGAUCAUGUUCCCGCAUUGUGUACAGGUUGUGUUUUCAUCUCUUUUUGAUCCGAAUACAAACUCCAGAUUACGUAAUCAGGCGCUUGUAUUUCUCCUUAACGUAAUCAAUAGUGGUGAUGAAGUUCAACUGAAGAAGGUAGCAACAGUGUUCCUUCAAGGUCUACUGAAGCUCAUCAGAUCUGAGGAGCAUACGGAACAGCACCCUAAAGCCUAUAUGUGUUUAGGUCGUCUAGCAAUGAAGUGUCCAGAUACGAUCAACAAUCAGUUUGCUCUACUGGAGGAGUUGGUGAAGAAGAUACCGGACGCAGUGCCCGAGAUGAAGACCGCGCUCAGGGACGCACUGCUCGAGAUGUCCGCUGGAUUCAAGAUUAAUGCUGAAGCUAACGCGGUCGCUCCAAGUUCGUCCACGGCGGGCCCCUCCCAAGCUGACAAGAUGGAAGUGGACGACAACUCUAAGACGAGUCCCUUCGAUGAACCACAGGCGUUGGCACUGUUCGCACUGCUGGACCAUUACAUGCACAGUGAAGAGUCAAUGAUCCGCUACAUCGCCAUGCGAUACUCCGCGGCCGUGUUCCCACAGGACUACGUGCCGUCGAGAUACUUACUGCUAUUGGCCAGUGGAGAUAGUCAAGACGAUAUAUCAACGGAAGCGCUAAAGUGCCUUUACGGCACUUCGAGACCAAGUGAAAUAGAAGACGCAGUUUUUAACGUAUCUAAGAAAGAGACAGCAGUCGUCAAUAUAGACGAGGAUGGUUCUAAGAAAGACAAGGAUAGAGCAGAAGAGAAUCAGGAAUUAAAAGUGCCAAAGUUUUCAGAAGUAGUGAAUUAUGUUUGGGAUCAAAUGCAGAAGAGGAAGAAGGGGUCGAACUCUAAACAUCGGUUCGUGAUUGGCAACCAAGUGUUACAGUUCCAUCCUAUGACUUAUCAGGAGAUCCUACGAUACAUGCGCAUGUGUCUAAACCGCGACGCUUCCCUGAAGGAUUGCUCGAACCAUCCCAACGCGACCUCUCCACUCCUCGCCAAGUACUUCUACGAUAAUCUACUCGACACUGAGGUGUUGGAACGAUACCUUACUAUGAUCACUUCAUUGCUGAACGCUAGCCCAGAAAUAAUGCCACUAUCAUGUUUCCUGGACAUAAUCGGCUGCGUGCCUGAAAAGAUGGCGGCUAAAUACACGAGCCUCUUGCCAUUCUUACGUAAUCUCUUCACGACCAGUACCAAGGAAGAUAUAAGGGACAUAUCCGCAGUUAUCUAUGCAAUAAUUACAGUACAUACAAGUGAGAAGUCAGCUAUCGAUAAAGAAAUAAAAGAAUUUGUGGCCCAAGGACAGAAUAAUAAGAAUUUGGAAGCCCAAUGUGGAUAUUUGGCGGCGUUUUCGAGCCUUUGUGAAAGGUGCAUCGUUUUGUCGAAGAGAGCAAAAUUCGGCGGUAAAGGUUUUAACCCGGCUAACUGGGAGCCGUAUCAGGAAGGCGCUGUUGUGUUGGCCAACUUCCUAGCAAGUUCCCAGACAUUGUUGGUGAGUACAUCAUGUUCCGCGAUAUCCCUCCUGGCUCGCUGCAGCGGCCUGCCACUGCCUCCGUCGUCCAGCAAGCAGGACGCACUGCUGCAGGGAGACAACCCAUUCAAUAUCAACAAGAAUGAUACUAAUGUCGACGAUAAUGACGUCACUAAAUUCGCCGUCGCUGAUAGGUUGUUUAAAGUAGUUGGAAACGCGAAACUACCAUCGAAGUUAAAAGAGAGGGCGUUGUAUACGCUUGGCCUGCUAUGUUGUGGUGAGCGAUUGCCUUUCGCCAAGCAAAUCGUUAUGGGAUUCUUGCAGAUGGCUAAAGAUAGCAAAGAGUUUGAAAUACAUUUACAAAUUGGUGAAUCUCUAGUACUAUGUGUGGAGGGAGUGAAUUCCAAUGAGAAUAGAGAUCUGUGGACCGAAUUGCCUAAAGAGGGUGCGGCGAAGAUAAAAAAUACGGACGCAUUAAAGGAGAAUGACGAGUUACUAGAGUGGCUGCUAAAAGAACUCUUCAAGAUCGGAAGACAUCCACAUCCACAUUCUAGACAGGCAACAAGUAUUUGGUUAUUAGCGUUACUGAAGAAUUGCGCGGAUCGGGCGCCUAUCAAGAACAAAUUACCAGUACUACAAGAUGUAUUUAUGGACUUCCUAUCUGAGAAUAGCGACAUAGUACAAGACGUAGCCAGCAAAGGAUUAUCCCUGGUCUACCAGAACUCUGAUGAAAGCCAGAAGCAAGCGCUAGUUGGUCAAAUUAUAGAACAGUUGACGAGCGGCAAGCGAUCCGUAGCGCAAGUCACAGAGGAUACAAAGAUAUUUGAAGAAGGACAACUUGGGAAAGCACCUACUGGUGGUAAUCUAUCCACGUACAAGGAGUUGUGUUCUCUCGCGUCAGAUCUGAAUCAACCUGAUCUCCUGUACAAGUUCAUGCAUCUUGCGCAUCACAACUCUAUGUGGAACUCUAAGAAAGGUGCGGCAUUCGGUUUCCACUCGAUAGCACUGCAGGCUGGCGCGCAGUUGUCGCAACAUCUACCAAAGAUAGUCCCGCGACUGUAUCGGUACAGGUUCGAUCCCACGCCGCGCAUACAGAACUCCAUGCAGGCCAUCUGGCACGCCAUCGUACCCAACACUACUGCUACUGUCCAUAAAUACCAUAAAGAGAUCCUGGAUGAUCUAGUCGCGAAUCUCACUUCGGGGCAAUGGAGAGUGAGGAUGUCUUGCUGUAACGCACUCGCUGAUUUAUUGCGAGGCGCACAAAGUUUGCAUCAGUCCCUAGACCAGUUGCCGACGAUAUGGUUGCAACUGUUCCGAGUGAUGGACGACGUACACGAGGGGACCAGGCAGGCCGCCACCUCUACCGCCAAUGUCCUGUCGAAGCUCUGUAUUCGUGCGGCCGAUGCUAACGCGGGCAAGGACGGCAAGGAGGUAGUAUCCGUGAUACUGCCAGUACUACUCGACACUGGUAUUACUAACCUCGUCAAAGAAGUCCGCAGUGUCAGUCUACAAACAGUAUCAAAGCUAGUAACAGCAGCAGGAGAAACACUAAAACCGUUCCUAGCUCGCCUCAUCCCCGCACUAGCGGGCGCGGCCGGCGAGCUAGAGUCCGCGCGACUGUCCUACCUCGCCACUGCACUCGCUGACACAUCGUCACGCGACCUACUCGACGAUAUGCGAGCUAGCGCCGCUAAACAUCAUUACACUACUGAUACUGUUGUCAAGUGUAUGCCAUACGUGGACAUAGAAGUGAUGAAAGAAAUGCUGCCUAAAAUCCUCGAGCUGAUGAAGUCUCCUCAACUUGGUACCAAAGUGGCGUGCUGUCAUUUCGUAGUACUGGCGGCACAUUACUUGCGCGCUGACCUAGAACCCGUCGCCGGGAAGAUCAUGUCCAACCUACUGACUGGAACCUUCGACAGAAAUGCCACGGUUAGGAAGAACUAUGCUGAAGCUUUGGGACAAGUCUCUGCUUAUGCUAAGGUCCAAUCAGCAGAGAAAUUGAUGAAGAAAUUGGUGACGUUGUACGAGACGAAGGAGGAUGAUAUGUCGCGGUCAGCCAUCGCGCUCUGUCUCAAGUCUAUAUCUAAGGCCAAGAUAGAACAUAUCAAGGACAACGAGGAUGUGUUGGCGCCCAUGGUGUUCCUGGCCAUGCAUGGGCCUAAGGACGAUGAUUCAUCAACAGUAGAGAUGUUCGAGGAGAUAUGGACAGACAUCAGUCCGGCGCGGGAGAGUGGUAUCAAGCUACAUCUCACUCUCAUACGUGAGGAGAUAGAGAAGUGUCUCAAUUCCAGUAGCUGGACUAAGAAGAUUCAGGCGGCGGACGCAAUAAAGACAGUGUGCAAGGAGGUGUCCCCGGGGCUGGGCGCGCACCGCGAGCUGCUGGCGCGCGCCGCGCUGGCCGCGCUGCACGGGAAGACCUUCGGGGGGAAGGAACACCUCGUCAUGGCACUCGCAGACCUGUGCGCUGUAAAAGAAAACGAGCAGCCAUUAUCACAGGCCUUAGCGUCGGAAGUAAUAAAUGCCCUCUUAGUGGAAAGUCGCAAGCAGGACAUGACGUACAAACGACACGCCAUCACUGCAUUAGGAGACGCCAUACAAGCCACGCACUGCGACCGAUUCCAACAACUAUACGAUAUAGUUAAAGUUAUAUUAUCUAAGGACGAACUAUCAGUCGGCAAGGAAUCAGACGAGGAGGACAAUGAAGGCGCCAGACAGCGGCGAGAACAGCUGACUGCUUUGAAGGAAGCUGCUUAUGAACUACUGGGGAAAGCUUGGCCUAAGGAACCUGACACACAAGAGAAGUACCAAGACUUAUUCUUCGAGCACUGUUCGAAGUCUUACCCAACGAGUUCUCGAUCGACACAGCUCGCCAUACUAGCGUCAGUGACGCGAGUACUCGAGCGAUUGGCGAUACUGGCCAAUGUAGGGGAACCCAUGGAGACCGACAACCCUACCAACAGGGACAAAGCCAUCGCCACUGUUACUGGACAUGUCACUCUCAUCAUUGACUAUACGUUGCAAAAUAGCAAUCAAGUAAGACACAGGAGAGACGCUCUCAAUAUCAUGGAAAUACUAGUGAAACAAUUAAAAGAUCUCAACAAAACAGAAGAAUUAGAUAAGCUGAGAACGAUAUACCAGACGUACGCACAGGAUCUGUCGAAAGACUCGUCGCACGAAAUACGAACCAAAGUGGAUAAUAUCAAAGUGCAUUUUAAAUAG